UUCUUGGCGGCGCCCUUCUGGUCAUCACUGGCCGAUCGGUUCCACAAAAGCAAACUCUUUCUCCUGUUUUCUCUGGUCUGUUGGAUAGUCUUCACGUUCAGCCUGGCCUUUAUCAGACCCCCGGCCUCUGCCUGCGUUAUAUUCAACGAAACCCAUCACAUCCUAUUCACGCCAUACUCCGACUACAACAGCCCCGACACCACCAGUGAGCCCGACAUAAGUGAAAACAGCGCUAAUAUUGACGCCAAGCUUCACGCCAUCCAUAAGCGAAUAUUAUUACUAAUAUUCUAUACAAUAUUCUUAAUUCGGCCGUUCGUGGAGUUCUUGGCGGCGCCCUUCUGGUCAUCACUGGCCGAUCGGUUCCACAAAAGCAAACUCUUUCUCCUGUUUUCUCUGGUCUGUUGGAUAGUCUUCACGUUCAGCCUGGCCUUCAUCAGACCCCCGGCCUCUGCCUGCGUUAUAUUCAACGAAACCCAUCACAUCCUAUUCACGCCGUACUCCGACUACAACAGCCCCGACACCACCAGUGAGCCCGACAUUAGUGAAAACAGCGCUAAUAUUGACGCCAAGCUUCACGCCAUCCAUAAGCGAAGCGCCGAAGACAACAAGGAGGAGGAGAACGAGUGGAUCCGUAAGUGGGGGUCAAAGCAUAAGCCCCCUCCCACUCAUAUAGUGGGCAAAAGUCCGCUGACAGUCGAGUAUACCUUGAAUUACAAUCAGGAGAAACACGUGUCAUAUGUGUCGCCGCCGUUCUCUACGAUUGUCUACAAAUUAGAUGACGUGAAGGAAGUCUUCUUCCUUUUACUGCUUCUCAUACUUUUGGGCGAAUUCUUCAGCGCACCCGCCAUUACCCUCGCCGACAGCGCCACACUCAGCUACCUGGAUGACGUGAAGGAAGUCUUCUUCCUUUUACUGCUUCUCAUACUUUUGGGCGAAUUCUUCAGCGCACCCGCCAUUACCCUCGCCGACAGCGCCACACUCAGCUACCUGGGCGAAAACACCGAUAAUUACGGUCAGCAGCGGAUGUUCGGGUCGUUCGGAUGGGGGAUAACCAUGUUUUUCGUGGGCAUGGCUUUAGACAACUCGACCAAAUUCACGGACCAUCCGUGCGGUGCACACAUCGGUGAACGCAAUUACGUCACGUGUUUCACGAUUUUUGCUUUUUUGAUGGCCUGUGCGCUCAUAGCCGCCACUCAGUUCCGGUUCGACUACGAGGCCAACUACCAGUCCUCCAACACCGAUGACAUUCAGAUGAAACCCUAUGAUUACGACACCUCUCAGGCCAAGCCGUGGCUCAACACUGCGCCGCCUAUUAAUAAGCCCCCGGAGAUGGCCGCACACGACAGGAAAAUGGAGUUCAUGGACAACUGGAAGAGUCUCAAAUCGGCAGUGUUCGCUCAGCGCACGAGACAACUGCCCCAAUGGGUGUCUGUCAUCAAAUCCCUGGCCACUCUACGUCAGGCGGCCUUCCUGUUGGUCACGUGGUUCAUGGGGUUCGGCAUCGGACUGGUCUUCACGUUCCUCUUCUGGCACUUACAAGACUUGGGCGGAACGCCUACUCUGUUCGGUGUGGCCUCUGUUAUCAACCAUAUCUCAGAGAUUUGCGCCUAUUUUUACAGCUAUUCACUCAUCAAAACCUACGGACACACAAAGGUC